AUGGCCAAAGAGUACCAGUUCAGUUGGAAGCCCAACAUCCCUGAUGCUCUUCUGAAAGGUUAUGAAUUCGAUAAAUAUGAUGAUGAAAGCAUAUGUCUAGAAUGUAGUACAUUUCUUCGUGUGGAUGAGUAUGGAUUUUUUUUAUACUGGACAUCAGAAGAAAAGAAAGAUACAUCAGUGCUCGACCUUAUCCUGGUCUGGGAAGCAAGACGCGGUACAUUACCGAAAGACGGACGGGUAAUGUUUGAAUUGGAGCAGCAUGGACCACGUGAAACCAUUGAAGACAGAACAAUUUGGCUUACAUAUGGUCCUGAUUUAGUCAGUGUUAGUAAUUACUAUUUGGUUGCGGAAGAUAUUGAAAUUGCCAAGAUCUGGCGAAAUGGUCUGAAUGAAAUUUUAAGAACAAGUAAAAUGCGACAUAUUUCUUAUACAACAAGCUUGAUGAAAAAUUGGCGCUAUUUGUGUCUCUGUUUGAAUGAACGUCAAAAAAUUCCCAUAAGAAAUAUUGUCAAAAUCUUUUCCGGUGGUAAAACAGAUCGAAUGGUGCAGAAAUGUCUCAGUGAUCUCGGACUUUCGGGCAAUAAAGAACAUGAUGAACUUGAUGUGGAAUUAUUUACUUUUGACAAAUAUUUGCGCUUAUAUUAUAAAAUAUGUCCACGAAGUGAUGUGCAAGAAUUAUUCGUAAAAUUAAGUGGUCAAAAAGAAUAUCUUACCAAAGAUCGUUUAAUAAAUUUCUUGAAUGAAGAACAGAGGGAUCCUCGACUGAACGAAAUAUUGUUCCCAUUUUUUGAUGAUAAGAGAGUGCUGAAUUUAAUAUCAAAAUACGAAAGUGAUGAAAAUUAUAUAAAUAAUGGGAAAAUGUCUGGCGAUGCUUUCUUACGGUUUUUGAUGUCUGAUGAAAAUGCACCAAUAUUUUUAGAUCGAGUCGAGCUUUAUCAGGAUAUGGAUCAACCUCUGUGUCACUAUUAUAUUAAUAGUUCGCACAAUACAUAUCUCACUGGAAGGCAAUAUGGCGGAAAAAGUUCGACUGAAAUUUAUCGUCAGGUUUUAUUGUCGGGGUGUAGAUGCAUUGAACUAGAUUGUUGGGAUGGUACUGGGGAAAAUAAGGGUGAACCAAUUAUCACCCAUGGCAAAGCAAUGUGUACAGAUGUUUUUUUCAAAGAUGUGCUGUAUCAAAUUCGGGAUACUGCUUUCGCUAGGUCUGAUUUUCCAGUGAUUUUAUCAUUCGAAAAUCACUGCUCUAGAUCAAAUCAACUCAAAAUGGCAAAAUAUUGUAUGGAUAUACUUGGUGAUAUGUUGCUGUCAAAGCCUUUGGAUGAUUAUCCGCUUGAACCAGGAGUACCAUUGCCAUCACCCAAUCGUUUGAAACGUAAAAUACUAAUUAAAAACAAACGAUUGAAAGCAGAUAUUGAAAAACUACAAAUGGAACAGUUUCUCCGCGAGGGUAAAUUAGAUGGCGAAGAUGAACCGAUCGAAAAUCCAGAAACUUUUGUUGGCGAGGAAAUUUCAGCACUUACAGUUAGUGACCAGAGAGCACAUCCGGAGGUAGAAGUUUGCGAUGCACACUCAACGUCAACAUUAGACGCAAAUGAUGGUGCGCUAUUAAGAAACUUAGAUGAAGCACAUCCUGAAUUCAAACAAACAAAUUUCAUAUCAAAAUUGAAACCUCUUGUUGCCAAGAAACCUCAGGCAUUCUUUACAUUCCAUUUUUUACCUACUGAUUUGCUUUCAAGUUCUAAAUUUCAUUUUGAAUUAUAUGGAGUGUCUGGAAGUGAAUCACCGCCGCACAUUGUUGGAAAUGUGGCGCUACCCAUAUUUGCAUCAUCAUCAUUCCGCAACAAACGAUCGUUUCGCCGAACUUCACGAGUGGCAGAAUGUGAAGGCAGUGGCGGGAGUUUAAGUGCCGCAUUACUGGAUCCACAGCCACAACGUCAUUUAUCAACAAGGCAGAAAAAUAAAAAGGCACAACAAUUAACAAAAGAAGAGGAGGAACGCAUUUUUGCGGAAUAUCAUUAUACGGGUGCAACUACCAAUAUACAUCCUCUGUUGUCAAGCCUCGUUAAUUAUACUCAUCCAGUGAAAUUUUCUGGUUUCGAUGUUGCUGAAGCGAAUAAUCUGCACUUCCACAUGUCUUCAUUCUCGGAAAGUACGGGUUUGGGGUAUCUGAAGCAGAGUGCUCCAGAAUUCGUUAAUUACAAUAAGCGCCAAUUAUGUAGAAUAUAUCCAAAAGGCGCUCGCGUCGAUUCUAGCAAUUUUUUGCCUCAGAUAUUUUGGAAUGCUGGUUGCCAAAUGGUGGCAUUAAAUUUUCAAACUCCUGAUAUAUCUAUGCAGCUCAAUCAAGGGAAGUUUCAGUAUAACGGUGGAUGUGGAUAUCUCUUAAAACCUGAUUUCAUGAGACGACCUGACAGAUCAUUUGAUCCAUUUUCUGAAUCUCCCGUUGAUGGCGUAAUUGCAGCACACUGCACUGUGAAGAUCAUAUCAGGCCAUUUUUUAUGUGAUAGAAAAGUUGGAACUUACGUAGAGGCAGAAAUGUAUGGUCUUCCAACAGAUACGAUACGAAAAGAACAUCGAACACGUACUGUGCCUGCUAAUGGAUUGAAUCCUGUAUACAAUAGCGAUCCCUUUGUGUUUAGAAAGGUUGUCUUACCAGAACUAGCGCUUUUACGUCUUGUUGUUUAUGACGAAAAUGGAAAACAACUUGGACAGAGAAUAUUACCGCUAGAUGGUUUACAAGCAGGUUACCGACAUAUAACACUUCGUACAGAAUCAAACAUGCCUAUGGUAUUGCCAUGCCUUUUUGUUCGAAUCGUAAUCAAAACUUAUGUUCCCGAUGAACUGAGUGGCCUAGUAGAUGCAUUGGCGGACCCACGCGCAUAUGUUUCUGCACAGGAAAAACGAACAGAAGCUUUAUAUAAUAUGGGCGUUGAAGAUUCGGAUAUAGUAGAAGUGACAUCAAGUUCGUUGAAGACACUAUCAAACAAGAAUAUGUUGCGAAUAAAUGGAGCUCCACUAGAUCAAAACUACGAGUCUUUGAAGUCAACGGUAUUAUUGAAAGAUUCAGCUCGUUUGAACACGGAAGCUACAGAUGGCAAGCAGAAGAUGGAAGCAAUCAAUAUUGGCGAUUUAAAAAAAGAUAAAUGUUUUCAAAAAUUAGUUCGGAAAUUUCAAAAAGAUAUGAACGAACUGAAGAAACGACAUCAAAAACAGAGGGGAUCAGUUCAAAAGCAGCAGCAAAUGACUGUCGACAAAUUGAUUUGUGACAGUUACAAGCAGUCUAAAUGGCGAACAGUGGCUAACAGUGCGGGAAGUCAGAAACAUCAAUCACUGUCAUAUAUGAAGUCGGAACCAAUACCGCACAAUAUUGACAUGACUAAUAAUUACAAAAUGAAGUCUUUGGUAUUGUCUCAAACCGAUGAAUGGUCGUCGAUGAUGCGAAGGCACGAAAGAGAAUGUCACGAUCUAAGGCGAUCACAAAUAAAAGAAGAAUUUGAAUGUCUAGGGAAACUGCUUCAGGAUGCUCAAAAACAGCAAAUGAAUAUGUUAAAGCUGAAGUUGGAAGCUGAAAACAAGGAUUUGAAGCAAGCCCAGACAAAAAAGAGUAUGGAAGAUGCUCGAGCUAUACAACAGGAUAAAAACAUCAAAACAAAAGCAGAAAAGGAUCGACGAAUAAAAGAAAUGAAUGAAAAAAAUUUGAAAGUGUUCUGCGAAGAACGGAAAAGACUGGCUAUAAAAGCUCAGAAACAUGAGGAACAGUUGAUGAAAAGGCAUGGAGAGCAAUAUGAACAACUUGAGAAAGAUGCAGAAAAGGAGCUAGAAUUGGAAGAAAUGAGUCACCGAGAAACCCAAUUAGCCUCCAAACCUGAAUUUAUUUGCUGA